AUGUCUCUCUGGAUCAAAGAAGCAGCUAAUAAUACCCGGAAUGUAAAUAGUCAUUUCUGUCGUCAGGUGGAGUUUGAGAAGCUGGACUACAACUACUACCUCCCUCUGUUCUUCGAUGGCUUAACUGAGACUGAUCAUCCGUACAAGUUCCUCGCCUGUCAGGGAGUCCAUGAGUUGCUGGACAACGGAGGCCCCAAGAUCCUGCCCGUCAUCCCCCAGCUCAUCAUCCCCGUCAGGAAGGCCCUGAACACAAAGAACCAUCAGGUGAUGUGCAUCAUGCUGAAAGUCCUGAAACAUCUGGUGGUGUCCGGUGACAACGUGGGAGAGGCUCUGGUGCCAUACUUCAGACAAAUCCUCCCCAUUUUCAGAAUCUUCAAGGAGAAGAACAACAUUGGAGAUGACGAGUACGGCGAGGGGGGAGAGAACAUCGGUCAACUGAUCGGUGAGACUCUGGAGCUGUUUGAGCGCCACGGAGGAAGGGAUGCCUUCCUAAAAAUCAAAUACAUGGUGCCCACCUACCAGUCCUGCAUGACCAAAUGAGGAGGGGGAUUGUUGACUUUACUCCUUCUGUAUCUGCCUCCAACUGUUAUCUCAUCCCUUUCUGUAUCCUAGCCCUGACCCGAGUCCUCUGUUCCGCUCCACUUUGCCGAGCUCAAACCCGCUCCU